UUGAAGCAGGGAACUUGAGUAGCACAUCAGUAAAGACGACUAUCAUGAAGAGGAAAUCAUUUUUCUGCUUCUUCUUCAUUGUCCUUUUGAUCUCACCUGCACCGAUCUUGGCCGAAACUUUGGAGGAAGUGAAAGAUACUAGAAAGAAACGCCAAGUAGGAGCCCUACUGCCCCUGGCGUCCUAUGCUGGAAUGACUGUGGGUGCUCCAUUGUUUCUAGCCCUUGUGGCAGCGUAUGGUAUUUAUGCUGUCACAAGGUAUGCUAUUAAGAAAGCUGAAAGAGUGUCUGACAAAGACAACCACGCCUGUGGGAGAGGUAUCGGAUGGUGUAGACCAAAAUGUUUUCCAGGAGAGCACUUGGACUGGGAUGACCCCUUAUUGUGUGGGUCGUAUUACUGCUGUAUGCCUGGGAGGGGAAGGGGAAGCAGAGGAGGAUCCAAAGGAAAACAAGGGAGCAGGAGAAGAGGGAACCUUUACUAUCUGAAAUUCUCUGGAAGAAAUGUUACAUCAAAGACCCAGAGUUUACUACCGUGUCUCUCACCGACUUCAUUUUGAAGCUCGUUUGACAGGUGUCGAGAAAUGUCCGGGAAUUCAAUGAAAGCCGGUGAAUGUACCAGUUGACAAGACUUUCCCUUCGACUGCUAAGACCCCAGGGGUUGGUGGUUACCAUUUAUCAGAUGGGAAAAAGAGAGAGAAACCUUACUCAGUUUGUUCACGGCCUUUUCUAAUUUAAUUGACAGAUUUAAUUCAUUGUUCAUAUUGUUGAUGCCAAACAACACUCCAAUAGCUUAAGACCUUGAAUCCUGGAACAUUAAACCAGCAAACACAUUCGCCUGUUUGCUCGUUUGAAUGAAUAAUACGAACAUUUGUGCAAACCUGCAAAUAAACAAUUUAAUAAAUGAUGUAUGUGGUAAAACCUGGCAGAAAACACAUGCAAACAUACAAAUCAACAUUGAAUUAACUGGCCUUCAAUCAGGUAUACAUGGGAACUUAGAGGGAUAACAGCUGGAUAUCUUAAACAAGGUGCGAUAAAAACUCUGCGAACCAGAGAUGAAUUAUUUUACACUCUCUGCAGAUAACGUCUGAAGCCCUCUGAUCAUGGUACCGUCUGACAAAUGUUGAAAGUGAUGUUAUGUCAAUCAAAAAUCUCCCACUUCAAGCUUCCUUUCUGUAAAGCAACAUACUCAGCCUCAGCAAAGUAUCUUCCGUUCUUUUGUUCCUAACUGCGUGAGAAGAUUCAUUGAAAAAUCUCAUAAACUUACUUUACGUGUAUUUUGCACACUUAUAUUCCGGUAGUCAUUUGACUUUUGUUUUAAGAGUUUAAAAAACUCGUUAUUUUCCUAAAAACUUCUAGUUUCUUUUAGCAAGGACUUUGAGUUAAAUUGUUAGUGAAACCAUGCCCGCUGUAGUACUACAUGACAAUUCGCUAUGGAAAUCGUACCGUCCACUGUGACAUGUUUUAUUUCUUUAAUAAAAUCUGCUACAUAUGUUAAAUGGCAGAUUUUUUUAAAGAAAUAAAAUAUGUCACACUGGACACUACCUUAGUUUAUAAACAUUAACGCACCUAAUGCAAAAAUAUCUCAUCAAAUUCAUAUUCUAAGCUUUAGAUUUUGUUCGUCCUCACAAUAUAAAAGUCACAGCAUUAUAAAGCUAUAAAUCUGAGGAAAAAUCUAUUAUAAGAUGAAAAACUUUAAUUGAACAAAUUAUCCAAAAGUGAUAUAAGCAGUAGAUAGUUUUAAAAGAGAAAUGAUUUUUCUUAUGUUAUAAAAUGCCUUUUUGAUAAUCAUUAUCACAAUUCCGUCCAAAGAAACUCUAUAGGAAUCCUUUUCAGACACCUCGUUUUAAUCUAAUCAUUACGCGUAGACUUUUAGUCCAGACAUAUUAAUUUCAAUUUGCAAUGUAAAAUAAACAGUGAAAAGGUUCAUGUGCAUUAUCACUUUGUCUGUGCACCAUUUACCUGAUGCCCAAGAGCGGAGAUUAACUUAACGCCAGAAGACGAAUGCAAUCUUUUUUUAUUUUGUGCGCAAACGUGCACGGAUGUAAUCUUAAUGACAUGAUUAUGAUCAAAUAAACUCUCACUCUUAAUCCGCUUC